UGUUUGUGCAUUACACAUGUGCAAGAACAUCACAGGUGGUCGUCUUCUCCUCACCAACCAACAAUCAUUAGCCAUGCCACGAGCACUGCUCCUCCUAGUCAUCUUCUACGCGGCGCUCCUCGCCUCCGGCGCCGAACUGUCCUACCAAGUGCGGGGACAUAGACAUCCCUUACCCAUUCGGAAUCGGCACCAAUUGCUCUCUGGUACCCGGCUUCAACCUCACGUGCGACAAGGCGACGAGCCCUCCGAGCCUGCUCACGGGCAACAUCAAGGUGGAGAACAUCACGCUGGAGACGGCGCAGAUGGUCGCCUACACCUUCCUGACAUACGCCUGCAGCUUCAAGGACGGCAACAACAAGACGGUGUACAUGUGGCAGAAGCAGAACAUGUCCUUGGACGUCCAUGGCAGCCCGUUCCUGCUCUCGCCGGUGCGGAACGUGUUCACGGCCCUUGGAUGCAGCGCGGUCGCCAAGAUCAAUGGCCGCAGCGGCCACGACUACCUCACGGGCUGCAUCACCACCUGUACCAGUCCUAACGACACCGGCGACGACGGCACGCCGUGCGGCGGACAAGGCUGCUGCGAGGCGUCCCUAACGCCCCUCCUCAACCAAGUCAGUGUGGACUGGAGCAUACAGGACGGUGACGAUCCAAUGAAAGAUAACCCGUGCCAAUAUGCCUUCGUAUACACCAAAGGAUGUUCUUCAUGUGACUUUUCAGAUAUUAAUGAAUGCGAACGGGGAACACCAAAAUCGAUAAUGUAUGAGAAGCUAUAUCCUUGUCGUGGCGGGACAUGCCAUGACGAAGACGGCAACUAUACAUGCAUUUGCAAUCUUGGACGAAAAGGAAAUGGUAAAAGUGAGGAUGGCUGUGAACCCAUAUUAUCAAUGGCUGCAAUAUCAGUGAUAGGAACAAUCAGUGCGGUUGCAUUAGUAGCGGUCCUAUUAAUAUUCUUACACAUGCAGCGGGAGAAAAGAAAGCUGAGAGAUCAUUUCAACAAGAACAGAGGGCAGUUAUUAAAAAGCAUGAAGAUCGAGAUUUUCACAAAGGAGAAGGUAGAUCAUGUCACGGACAACUACCGUUACAUAGUUGGAAAAGGUGCUUUUGGCGAAGUCUACAAGGGAACUAUCGGUGAUAAUUCGCGUGUUGCUGUAAAACGAUCCAUCGCCAUCAACGAGGACCGCCAGAAGGACUUCGCAAAUGAGAUCACAAUCCAGUCCAAGAUCAGCCACCGGAACCUGGUCCAGCUGCUGGGCUGCUGCCUGGAGACCAAAGUACCCAUGCUAGUCUACGAGUUCGUCCCCGGAGGGAGCCUUUAUGAUGUGCUUCACGGGAAAAGAGAACCUCUCCCGCUGCAAACACGCCUCGACAUCGCCAUCAACUCUGCGGACGCACUCGUGUAUAUGCACUCACAGGCGAGCCAACAGCUGAAAAUCCUGCAUGUUGAUGUGAAGUCUGGCAACAUCCUGCUUGACGACGAGUUUGUGCCCAAGGUGUCAGACUUCGGGACAUCUCGGCUCUUGUCCAUUGACAAAAACCACACCAAUUGGGUGAUCGGAGAUAGCAGCUGCAUCGACCCAGUGUACAUGAAGACCGGGCUUCUCACGGAGAAGAGCGAUGUCUAUAGCUUCGGCAUCGUGCUCCUAGAGCUCAUCACACGGAAGAAGGCCAGGUAUGAUGGAAACAACAGCCUUCCGAUAAACUACGUAAAGGCUUCAACCGAUGGGACAUCAAAGGAGAUGUAUGAUGUGGAGAUUGUUGCGUCCGGUUCGGAGCAGGACGUGAAGUGCCUUGAGGAAGUUGGCCUGGUUGCCGUUCAGUGUCUCGAGGUUGAUGUGAAUGAUAGGCCUACUAUGACUGAAGUUGCGGAGAAACUGAAAAUGCGCAAGUACCGGUGGUUGCAGAGCCAUGGGCAGGCCGGUGAGCUCUGUACUUAGCAUAUGUCCUCAUGCUCUUUUGUGUUGAUCAAGUCGCAUUAUGUUGUUGCGUGACCCGUGGAACUAUUCUACCAAUGUUCGGUAUUGUAUUUUAAUUUUUAGGGCUUGUCCAAUGUGACAUUGAGGGUAUUGUGCUGUGCUGCUAUAUCCAAUUGUAUAACUUUCUUCGUCAGUUAAUUUCCUCUUCGUGUAAGGUGGUAUAGAGGUAUCUUGUG